CUCGUCGCCGAUCGGUGGGCGUCAUUUGUUCACAUGAUGGCAGACAACGGAGUCAAGAGCGAUGGCGGCAAGGUGCCGCGACCGGUUUGGUCCAAGUGGCCCAAGACCGCCCAUGCCCACAACGCCAUGAAAACCGCGCUCAAGAGCAUCCGCAACGCCAAGUCGGUCACUGAGGCUGAGCAGUCGGGAGCAGUGGAGGCAGGCACGGUGGUGGUGGACAAGGCGCUCAUGGAGAAUCCGGCGCUGGUAUUCAAGGCCAAGAUCAAGCUGCACGGGACCAACGGCGGAAUCUGUGGCUUCCGGGCGAUGGGCGAUGACAGGCGGCCGCUGGCUGGCAGCAGCAUCGGCAUCGUCGGCAUGUCGCGCAACCGUUUCCUCUGGCCCGACUCGCAGGACAACGAUGGCUUUCGCGCCUGGCUAACCUCGCCUGGUGUCGCCAACUUCUGGGCAGACUUCUUCGCCGCCCUUCCGGCGUGCAUGGGCCUCGCCGACGACUCUCCGCCCACCGCCGCGGCGGCCAGCACCCGCCAGGUCGAGGUCUUUGGCGAGUGGGCUGGCGAUGGCAUCCAGAAGUGCGCCACUGCCGUGUCUAACAUCGACCAGCAGCUGUUUGCUAUCUUUGCACUCCGCUUUACCCUUCCCGACGGCAAGACGGUUGUUGUGGUCGAGCCCAACGAGCUCGAGGCCCUGGUUGCUGCCGGCGCAGCGGCGACCGGCGCGAUCCCCCGCGAGAUUCGGGUCCUGCCAUGGCACGUUCCGACCGCUGAAGUUACUGAUGCCGUCGUCGUCCAGCUCGAGACCUCUGGCUCGCUGACCAGCACUGACGAGCUGGCCACGGCGCGCGAGCGCCUGGAGACCGGUGAGUUUGCCAUCAACCUGUCGUCGUUUUCUGCCAUCCGCGACGCCAUGGUUACCAUCUCGGGCCUUGUCAACUCCAUUGACGAGGCUGACCCGUACAUCGGCGCCGAGUUUGGCGUGCCUGGCUCGGGCGAGGGCCUUGUCUUCUACCCGGUCUCCACCGGACGCCCGGCGGCCGGUGACGUGCCGGCGCACAUUAGCAAGGGUCAACUGAGCAUGUUCCUCUUCAAGGCCAAGGGCGCAUCGCAUCGUGUGACGCGAGCCGGGGCAGCCGCUGAGUUCCACGCGCCGGUCUUUGAGACGGUGGCUGCCUUCGCCGAGUACUUUCUCACGCCCGCCAGGCUAUACCAGGGCCGCGCGCAGGUGGCGGACAACACCUUUGAUGCCGAGCACGCCGACGACUUUGUGGUCUGGGUGGUCGAUGACGUCAUUGCCGAGUCAAUCGACGAGCGUGACGUCAACCCUCAGCUGGACAUCGGCGACAUUCGCGCAGAGGUCGCGCGGAUUGCCGCCGAGUGGUUUGCUGCCGACGGCGCCACCAUCGGCGGCAAGAAGGGCAAGAAGGGCAACAAGAAGCGGAAGAAGAAGUAAAGGCCACAUAGGUUCA